AGUGUGAGCUUUUAAGCAUUAUCUCCGUGCCUUAUUAAUCCUCACUUGAUGAAACUGUUAUUUUUCACAUAUACUGGAAAAAAAAAAGUUGACUGAACACUCAAGGCCACUUUUCAGAAGCUACAUGUAACAAUUUUGUCUUCUAAUUGCAUGCUUAGUCUGCAACUACUGUUGUUUUUGCCUGUGUGAACUGUGCGUACUAGCAGGCAAAUCUGAAUUUACAACCACAUUUAAAGAUACGUUAAAUAAUUUUUAACUAAAGCACCUGGAAAAUUGAACUUAUUAAAACUGACACGUAACAUUCAUAACCUGAAUUCGGUCAUUCUGAGAUGAACUACAUAUGUUUUCAAAGUUCCCAAGGCAGAUGAAACUGAGUUUGAGUUUCACUCAUCUCAUAUCCAUGGUCAACAAGGUCACCUGGUGUCAUUCCAAUCCAGAUCUCCCGAUACACACCAGCAGUGCCCUAACACAAUCUUUGAGACAAAUACCUCAAGUACAAGUGAUUCCACAUUUUCAUACUGCGGCUUGCUGUAACCAGUGAGGUGUGCUUUUGGUCAGGGAUCAGCUCGAUGUAUCUUGGCAUGGGAAAUGUAUGGGGUGCAGGAAAAGGGCAGGCAGGGCUUAGGAGGGAGGGACAGAGGGAGGGAAAGGAGCACAGACUUUACAGUCUUCAGAAAGAACUGGUGGAACAAGAAGGAAGGUCACCUUUUCCAAGUUCCACUACCUUCUUUUUGAUAGAGACAAGCUGAUAAAUCAUCUCUGAAAUGCUGACAAUAACUCAAGGUUUUGUAGUCCUGAUAAUUUUUUUGUUAAUUGUUGAGUUUUUCAAACUGCAAAAGGCACGCAAGCAAUUCCCUCCUGGACCAGCUCCUCUCCCAUUACUUGGAAACUUGGUGCACCUGAAGUUCCAGUUUCAUCGGGAUCUUCUGAUGGAGCUGGCAAAAACUCAUGGCAACAUAUAUACUUUGUGGUUUGGGUGGGCCCCAGUGAUCAUACUGAAUGGAUAUCAAGCAGUGAAGGAUGGCAUGACUACACACCCUGAAGAUGUUUCUGGGCGGAUGGUAUCACCUUUUUUCAGAGCAAUGGCCAAAGGAAAAGGUAUUAUACUGGCAAGUGGUCGCUCCUGGAAGCAGCAGAGACGCUUUGGUAUAAUGACUUUACGCUGUCUGGGAAUGGGGAAAAAAGGCCUGGAGUAUCGAGUGCAAGAGGAGGCAUCUCACCUGGUGGACGUUUUUGUGAACCUAAAAGGAAGACCUGUGGAUCCUUCUUUCCCUCUUUUCCAUUCUAUUUCAAAUGUAAUUUGUGCUCUGGUUUUUGGAUAUCACUUCUCUGAUGAGGACAAAACCUUCCAUGAACUGAUCAGUGCCACAGAGACUUUAUUCAGAUUUGCAGGCAGCUUUGUUCAUCAGCUGUAUGAAAUCUUCCCCUGGCUGGUGUGUCGUCUCCCUGGUCCUCAUAAGAAAGCAUUAUCUUGCUAUGAUGUCCUGAGUUCUUUUGCAAGGAAGGAGAUCAGAAGACAUGUGGAGAGAGGGAUACCGGAUGAACCACAGGAUUUCAUUGACUUUUACCUGGCUGAGAUGGAGAAAUCUAAAGAUGGGGCCAAGCCCAAGUAUGAUGAAGACAAUUUGGUAUAUGUUAUAAAUGAUCUUUUCCUCGGUGGAUCGGAGACCUCAAGCACUACAUUGUACUGGGGACUGCUCUAUAUGGUAGUGCAUCCAGACAUCCAAGAGAAAGUGCAAAAGGAGCUGGAUGCUGUUUUAGGUCCUUCCCAGUUAAUUUGCUAUGAGGAUCGGAGAAAACUUCCCUAUACAAAUGCUGUGGUCCAUGAGAUCCAACGCUUCAGCAACAUUGUCUUUGUUGGCAUGCCCAGAAUGUGCGUGAGGGACACAACAUUGCUAGGAUUCCCUGUCAAAAAGGGGACCAUCAUUAUGCCAAACAUAGCAUCUGUUCUGUAUGACCCUGAGCAAUGGGAGACACCUCGACAGUUCAACCCUGGCCAUUUUCUGGAUAAAGAAGGAAACUUUAUACCUCGAGAAGCCUUCUUACCAUUCUCAGCAGGGCACCGUGUGUGUUUGGGGGAGCAUCUAGCGAGGACCGAGCUCUUUAUUUUCUUUGCCAACCUGCUGCGGGCAUUCACCUUCCGGCUCCCUGAGGGAGUGACGAAGAUCAACACAGAGCCCAUUUUUGGGGGUACACUGCAGCCCCACCCAUACAGUGUUUGUGCCAUUCCACGCUAGGCUACAGCACAUCACAGAUCAGCAGGAGACAGCCACCUUUACCUCAGUGAAUUUCCUCUCAAAUGUAUAAACUUUCUUCUACUAGCCAGGAUAUUGAUAUUAGCAUAUUGCUAUAUAUAACAUAGGGCUAUUCAGAAAGCUGAUGCAAACAAAGAUUCAGACUACCAGUACUGUGGUCUGGUACUUGUGAAAUUCCCAGAUAUUCUUGCAAGUAUCUUAACAAUUUUCUCAUUUUGAAGAGCACCCUAAGCAAGAUGCUAUGGUUCCCAGGUGAAGCCAACAUGCAGUGUCUCCUUGUCCUAGCCAAGCAGAAUCAUCAUGAUGCUCACUCCUGACCAAACCUCAGUAAAAUGCAACAGAAGAUUUCAGUAAAAGCCAAGCAGGUGUCAUUUCUGUGAGUGGUUUGAUGACCUCCAGUAACUUGACUCUGGAAAAUGCACUUUUAAAGCCCUAUUUUGGUUUUACUGUCCUCAACUUAGCCACUUUUUUGACAGGCUGCAAAUAAUAAAAAAAACCCAACACCCAAACCCCAGGAAACACAUUAGAAUGCAGGUACAUUAGUAUCUGAAUUUGAUGUUGUCUCCCUCGUAGAAUACAGUCAAUCUACAGUUGAAGAAAGAAACCUAAAUUUGGUAUUUACUAACAAUGUGAUUGUGUGACUUGGCAGCCUGAUCAUUGUUAUAAUAUAUUGCCAAGCGCUUUGUUUGUUAGUUGAUUUUUGUGUUUUGUUGUUUUUUUAAAAUGAGGUUUCUAUGAUCACACCCAUUAUCAGUCCUUCUUGGAUGAGGCAUAAAUGUGGGAUAAGACAUUCAUUUUGCCAGUGGAUUUCACUGCUAACUUUGCAGCAGGGUAAUGUACAGACUUUGGAAGGCAUCUCUAAGGGCUAUCUGAACAUUCAGAUGUUCCCCAUUUUCUCUGGGCCCUUUUCUUUUUUUACAACCCAUACCAUACUUCCUGCUCUCCAUUCAAUCUCUUUCCAAUCCUCCUUCCCCAGUUUCAGUUCCUGCUCCCACCUACCUUUACCCAUAUAUAUAUAUAUUCCAUUUCAGGAUUCACCUUCCCUUUUGGCUUUCCAUCACUUACAUCCUUUCUCAUAUCAAGCCUCUGUCUCUUUUUACUCUUUUUUUGCACAAGUAUUAGUAGAGGAAUCAGUGCUGAGUUGAAAACAAUGAUCAAUGAGUUUUCAGGAAGGAGCUUGGAAGAUCUCAUUUAUUUGCUUUUUGAGGCUCCAGAUCAUGAAAAGAACACUAACUAUGGAGAGUGCACUGGAGGUAACUUAGUGUAAGAAAAGACAUAAAUGAUGACAUGAUGCAGGAAUUCUGAAAUAUCCAUUACUUAACAUAGCUGCUCACUGGCACUGAUUCAACUUAAGAUCGAGACAAUUUAAGCAUACAGCUGGAGGUGACAGCCAAGUUCAGCUGUAGCUUUGUUAAAGCAAAGUGCUGUAGUAUUCAUGAAUGCAAAUCACUUUUGGAAAGGAUUCAAAUAUUGAAGUUGAGUGUAGCUGUCUGUAAACACAGCCGUAAACUUAGGGUUGAAUUUGUAUGAGGACCAGAAAGUGCUUCUAUGUUGGAAUAUAAACUAUUUGUAAUUAAAUCACUGCAGUAUAUCUGAACUUCCUGAAUUUUAAACGGGUGGGAAUGUUACUAAAAAGAAAUGAGAACUACUGAAAAUCAUGCUGAGCUGGGCCAGAUCUUGGCAUGCCUUGUAGCUCUAGCAGCGGCCUGCUCCAGCACAACCUGAUACCUGCAAGUUUGCUGGGCUGGAAGGGAGAGAUCAGGACAGUAAGGGGUUUCACAAAAGCAAUAACUGUCAUAAAUAAUCCAGCCUGUUACUCCACACAGCAUAUCAAAUCCUGUUCCAGGGCCUACACACUUCUGCUCAGCCUCCUUUCCAGCUUUAUCUGUGCUUGUCCUCCACCCUACCCUCCCACACCUGCUCUUCUCUACUAAUCCUGCUAGAGAUGGUGCCUUUGCCCACUCCUCUUGUCACCUUGCCACUCACUGAAGAAGCUUAAUUGUAUGAUGUGUGUAAAACUGGUUGUGCUCAAGGGCUGGAACAUGAUGUCUGUUGAGACUGCAGCUGUACUCAGUACUGUUGAUAGAUAGCAUUGCUGUGACUAGGCAGGACGCACGAGUGGCACAAUGUGGAAAGAACUGGUAAUCUACUGCUCAUUUCACCCACUCAGGGACCCUGUCCACCAGACACCUGCCAAGCAGUACAAAGCAGCACACUUGAUUUUGAAGAGUCUACUGAAAACCUGGCUGAAGGGCAUGAGAUCCCUGGCUCUUCCUUCAGGAGACUGAGCUUCCAGACAAUCUUGCACAACAGUUUUGCUACUCCUGAGCAGUGGAGCCAAUGUGGUGUGUGUAGCUUCUUGUAUGGAUUAGUUCAUAUGGGUCAAGCAGCCAGACCCUGUUUUCUGGGCUAGUGUUGUAGGUUUGGCAACUUACAGCACCAAUUCUCACCCAUGUAUUCCUAUAAAGAUUUGAAGAGAGCUGAUGGUGGAAGGAAAAGAGGAACUCAGGAAAUCUGAUAAAACUAACUUUGCUCUUCCUCUGCUUCCUUGGGAAGCUUGGAAGUACUUCUAGGAUGGAGAAUGACUCUGUUUCCUCUCCCAGAGAUGAUUUUCCCAAUACUUGUCCAGCAUUACAGACCUGCAGCUCCUGCACUGGCUGACCUCUGGCACUGGAGAAAUUUGCAGGUUAGGGGGAAAGAGCUGAAGUGAUCCCAGGCCAGGUGCUGCUGAAAGAGGACAAGAGAGUCACCUCUGGUUGGCUCAGCUGACUUCCCUAGUCCCCUGCCUACAGCCCUUCCUGUUCCCCUCCUGUCCCCCCAAGUGCUCCUUUCUCUCUGGACCAUCAUCUUGUCAUCACUGAGAUGCCAACCGGUUACAGCCCCUAGGCACAUGUCUGCAUUACGCCAUCAAAGAGCCGCCAGAUUAAAGGGUGUACACCCUGGUGCUCAUGACUGGAGUGAUGUAACAUUUCUUUUACGUGGAAUGAGUAAUCCUCCACACCAUCUUUUUUUUUUUUUUUUUUCUAUAAACAGUGUCAACCACAGCCUCAGGUCUCUUAGCUGUGGUAGAACUGUCAUCCUUAAUAACAUGGUUUCAAAGGGUUUGAAACCAGGUUGCAAGUGUUUAUUCCAGGGAAAGAUACACAACUAACUGGGUGUAUUACUUUUUAAAGCAUUGUGAUUCCUUCGGAGAAAAGUGAGUUCAUGUCACAGAACUGCAGAUGUGGCUGCUUUGUUUCAUAUUUGCAGGACAGCAGGAGUGUGUGAAUCCAGACAGCCUAAAAUAUUUAAUGGUGAUAGAUAUGAGAGGAGAGAGCUGCCUAACAUUAUAUGGUGCUCAGCUCUGCUAAGGUUACAGUUCAGGAAAAUAUUGCCAAGUUGUCUGAUACCAGGAUCCUCUGCUAUUUUUUUUUCUUAUGCUUUUCUUUCUUUCUCAUGGUAGGGCUCUCAGUAGCAAUGUUAGUGCCACAACCAUAUGGCUGGCUAUGUGCCAGACUCCAGGGACACUGUUUAUCCUGUCAAAAGGAAAAAGCAGAAACUAGAUACAAAAGAGACCCUUGUGAAAAAAUUUGGUAGAUUUUGCCAUCUAAAGGUCAAAAGCAAGAGCUGAUUUUUUCCCCUUCUGUUCAAACAAGCUCUUUGGGAAACUGGUUUGUGUCAAAGGCUUGGGCUAAACUGUCCCUGCUGAAGCUCCACUGUAUGAAACAGUGAAUCAAUGGUGUGUAGUGGGAGAACCUGAUGUUUAUGGGAUUAAAUUUUGAAAAAAAAUAUUGUCCAUUGCACCAGCAUAGCACAUUUGUGGCAACUAUUUUUGUACUUUUGAGGAGGUCUAGAAAACCCUGAACAGACAGGAGGUGACAAGAAAAUGUUCACUGUGUCUCCAAUGGGAGCACUAGCAGGUGGCAAAUGCAACAAAAAGGGAGAUUGCUCAAAAGGACCACAGGGGAUUGCACUGCGUGUGCCUUGUUGGUGAGCUAUGCCUCCUUACAGGACUUCUCCUAACAUUUAUCUCUGUUCAAAAACCAACUGGAUAAAUUGUCUGCAGGGAAAUUACUUCUGGGUUGUUUAAUACCAGUACAGUGUUUCUGGUUUGCCCUGUUCUUACAAACUUUCCUAAGGCAUCUGCUAUCAUGUGCUGUCGAAAUGGAGCAUGAGACUAGCUGAACUUUCAUCAGAAACACUACAGCUGUGCUGAAGUUUUAUGCCAUUUACUCUGAAUUAAAAUAGCUCAAUAUUUAUCUUCAGUUUGAACAUUUAUUGUCUCAAUCUUAUGUUUUCCAUUUGAACAUUUCAGACAGUGCCCUGACCAAGUGCCUGCUGAGACAUAACUUGGGAGACUAGAAAAUGAUGCUCAUCCAAGCAACUUGUAAUCCUGGAGUAUGAGCCAAAAUGUACUUAACGUUAUUAAUUUGCCUUUGAUUAAAAGUCUUGCUGCUGGCUCUUUUCAAAGUUUAAUUUAUUCAUUUGCCAGAUGUCUUCAGGUGAGAAAAAUGCAUUGUGAACAGUAAAUCAGAUUUUCUUCAGCAUUAGAAUGAAAUUUCUGGUUAUAAAAAAAAAAGAGAUAUAAUAUGUUAAUUGAAUUGGAGUUACAUACACUUCCUUUAAUGCCUUGUUAAGGGGCCAUGCACCAUCAGAUUUGAGCUCUGCAUUCGAGUCCAUGCUGUCAGGGCAGCCUUGAACUGGGAAUUGUGGGUAACCCAAGAUGAGGAAAUUCCUCCCUAUAAAACCCUUAUGCUGUAAAUGUCAUUAUCUGCCCACUUCUUUUUUAUCUUAAGUAUCUCCAUUAUAUUUACGAUUGUGAAAUGCUAUAUUAAUAAUAAUGUUUGCAGCUGAAUUAAAUUGAAAGGAACAACAAACUUAAUUGUCAUGAAAGAACAGAUUUAUGGACAUUUGGAGACAGCUGAGUAUCAAUGUGUG